CUAGAAGAAAAAAAAAAAUGGCUCCUCUUUCUCUUUUGCUUCUGAUCAUUUCCAUCUUUAUUCUAUCUUCAACUCUUGCUUUCUCCUCACCAGUACAAGACCCUGAUCUUGUUGUACAAGAAGUACACAGGAGCAUCAAUGCGUCGAGGAGGAACUUGGGGUAUUUAUCCUGUGGAACCGGCAACCCAAUUGACGAUUGCUGGCGGUGCGACCCGAACUGGGCCAAGAACCGGCAGAGGUUAGCAGAUUGUGCCAUUGGGUUUGGAAAGCAUGCAAUCGGAGGAAGAAAUGGUGCCAUCUACAUGGUGACUGACUCCGGUGACGAUGACCCAGUGAACCCCAGGCCGGGGACUCUACGGCAUGCCGUGAUACAAGAUGAGCCGUUGUGGAUUAUUUUCCAAAGAGACAUGGUUAUCAAGCUGAAGGAAGAGCUAGUGAUGAACUCUUUCAAGACCAUUGAUGGAAGGGGUGCGAGCGUCCACAUUGCAGGAGGGCCAUGCAUCACCAUACAUUAUGUGACAAACAUCAUCAUCCAUGGCAUCAACAUUCAUGAUUGUAAGCAAGGAGGACGCGCCAUUAUAAGAGACUCCCCUCAACACUCCGGCUGGUGGACCGUGUCGGACGGCGAUGGGGUGUCCAUCUUUGGAGGGAGGCAUGUAUGGGUGGACCAUUGCUCGUUGUCUAACUGCCAUGAUGGUCUCAUUGAUGCCAUCCAUGGAUCCACGGCCAUCACCAUCUCCAACAACUACAUGACCCAUCAUGACAAAGUCAUGCUUUUAGGCCACAGUGACUCGUAUACACAAGACAAGGACAUGCAAAUCACUGUUGCCUUUAAUCAUUUUGGAGAAGGGCUAGUACAGAGGAUGCCGAGGUGUAGGCAUGGUUAUUUUCAUGUGGUGAACAAUGACUACACUCACUGGGAAAUGUAUGCAAUUGGAGGGAGUGCUUCGCCGACAAUCUACAGCCAAGGCAAUAGAUUUCUUGCACCCAAUGAGAGGUUCAAGAAAGAGGUGACGAAGCAUGAGGAUGCGCCGGAGAGUGAAUGGAGGCAUUGGAACUGGCGGUCGGACGGGGAUUUGAUGCUGAACGGAGCAUACUUCCUGCAGUCGGGCGCAGGUGCAUCUUCCAGCUAUGCCAGGGCAUAUAGCCUGAGUGCAAGACCAUCGUCUCUGGUGGGUUCAAUGACUACCACCGCUGGUGCACUUAGUUGUAGGAAGGGUUCCCGCUGCUAAUUUAAUAUUAGCUGGAAAUAGUACUACUGUGGGAAUUAGGCAAGAAGAAAGGAUGUGAGAAGACUAUUAAUCCUUUGUUGCCAGCAGUUUACUAUAUAUUUGUAGUUUUCCAGUCACUUAUUUAACCACUUAAGAAGUAAUUAAGAUCU